AUGCAGGAGCAACUGGUUUGGUUAUCUGAUGUUCAGGAGGAGGAAGACGAUGACGUGUCAUCGUUUAGUGAUGAAGGAGAGGUGUAUCGGAGCAUGCGGAUCGUGCAGGGAGCGUUGAAGCGGAUCGGUUGCGCGGUUCCGUAUAUCGACUUGAACCGGAUUCCGCGCAUGGAAGACUCGGUGGGUAAGUCGUCUGGGCACAGUUGUGAUGAGGUGAGGUUGCGUCGGGCGAGUCGCAAACUGGCGGCCGCGAUGGCGGAGGACACAUCUACCGCGCUGGAGACAAACCAGCUGCUCACGAACCCCUUGCUUUGGCGCCGAGCGGACGUUGAAACGGCGAACCGGGCGGACUGGCUUUUCCUCGAGGAUGCGGGACAGCGGAGGGCCAAGGCGCCGUACCUGCCGGCUGAAGAGAUAUUGGCCAUCACUCCUAGACAAAUGGCCCAUCGGCACCCCGACCGACGCAUCCCCAAUUCCCGCUUAUAUCGUUAG